AAAUAUUUAUUUGAUAAAAAACUACAUUGCGGAAAAAUCUCGCCGCUUAGCGCUGGAUAAAAUUCUACGAGAUACGCGAUUCCCAUUUCGUCGCGGUGACGCGCGGCCCCGAUGAAAUUGAAUUUAGCAAUCGACGUUACAGCGGGAGGAAUAUUAUUUGAAUUCCGGAGGAUUGUCGUUGUAUAUUGUAUAUAUAUAGUGAUACCGUCGACGGAGAGAUUGUAAUACGUAUUAUGUAAGUACGUAGAGACACUUUCGAAGUGGGAAUGUUGUCGCGACCGAGCGACAUGCGCCUUUGAACCUCGUGUGUAGCGCGAAUAGAUCGUCGGUUACGUAAACGAAUAUACGGUGACUCAUUUGCCGUCUCGUUAUAAUCCAACUUGUGAAAUUAGCGUAACGAUAGAACAGGUACAGGUAUGUACCCCGGUGGGGUCAUUCAUGCGAUAUCCACCUUUGCGCCGUUGUCACGAGGUGCGUAUCGCGGGUGAUUUUUUAUUCCGGAACCGGAUAAAAACCGUGAAAUCCCGCGCCCGGUAAAGUGUCGAAAUACGACGGGCUUAUCCAGGCGGUUCGUAUCUUUGGGAAUAACGAUUAGCGGCCGAAUAGCGUCGUAACGUCGUCGUGGGGAUGUGCGUACCUACGUUAUACGUACCGUCGCGCGAAGGUAUACGAGGUAUGCAAGGCACGACUGUGCGCGUAUCAUCGGUAAGAGCAUUGGCAUCGGAAUGAAAAAAAGUAUGUCCACCUUCAGACAUGGUACACGGCGAAUUUUGCACGUAUUUGAAAAUCAAGGCGUACCGCGGGAUCGCCUGUUGUCCUCGGUUAGACGCGCGUCGACCGCCAAUAAAAUCGAAGAUGGGACGAACGGUGAGAAAAUUUUCAAAUCACCAUUCCCUAAGGGUGUAUAUCCGACAAUGCCGCUCCACGAAUACGUUUGGGAAAACGCAGGAAAGUGGUCGGAGAAAAUUGCUCUGAAAUGCGGAAUAACGGGAAGGGCUUACAAAUACAGAGAGGCAAGAGACGCGUCUAACUGGGUAGCGAGAAGCUUGCUGAACAUCGGAUUAAAAAACGGCGACGUCGUAGCCCUGGUGUUACCAAAUGUUCCCGAAACUGCGAUCGCUUUUCUCGGUACAUCGGAAGCCGGGCUGAUAGCCACAACCGUGAAUCCAUUAUACACAGUUGACGAAAUAGGCAAGCAGCUCGCUAAUUCGGAAGCUAAGGCGGUGAUCACGACCGCCGAACUAGGAUACACGGUCCUUCGGGCGGCAAAGAGUUCCAUGCCCGACAAAUUUCCACUGAUCGUGAUCGACGACGGUACCCGAUCCAUUCCACCGGGUUCCAUACCUUUCAAGGAUCUCAUUGAUAGAGGGAAAACUUUACCCGCUGUUCCCUCGAAACCUUGGACUCCCGACGACGUGGCUGUUUUGCCCUACUCCAGUGGCACAACAGGACUUGCGAAGGGCGUAAUGUUGACCCACAGAAACCUGAUCAAUAACAUGAUACAACAAAAUAUCAGCACGUCCGGAGAUGCCUGGCAGGAAACGACGGAAACGCAUCAAGAAAUCGUGCCCGCCGUUUUGCCCUUCUUUCACAUCUACGGGAUGAACGCGAUAAUGUUACCCGACCUCAGAAUGGGGAUGCAGAUCGUCACGCUGCCAAAAUUCACACCGCAGGGCUUCAUCGAUGUAAUUGCACAAAACAAGGCUACCUGCUUAUUCCUCGUACCGCCACUAAUUCUCUUUCUGACUUCUUCUCCGAACGUAAAUAAAAAACAUCUGGAAGCGGUUCGGGUCUUAACGUGCGGGGCAGCUCCUGUUGCCAAAACGGACAUUUUGAGAUUUUACGAGAGAUUUCAAAUCGAUGAUACCAAGCUCAAGUUUUUCCAGGGAUAUGGAUUGACGGAGUGUUCGCCCGUAACGUUUAUCAAGGCACCAAAGGAGAAUAAUUAUGCCGGUAUAGGGGUUCCGAUUUCCGACAGCGAGGCCAGACUCGUGGAUCCUGAGACGAAUGAGGAUAUUUGGAUACCGGGAAGAACGGGGGAACUUUGGGUACGGGGAUGCCACGUGAUGAAGGGCUACCACAAAAACGAAGAAGCCACCGAGCGAACGAUCGCCCCUGGAGGGUGGCUGAAAACUGGUGACCUGGCUUACUUGGACGACGACUUAGACUUUCAUAUAAUGGACAGGCUAAAAGAGCUUAUCAAAGUGAAAGGUUUCCAGGUACCACCUGCCGAAUUGGAAGCUUUGCUCAGAACGCAUCCUGAUAUCGAAGAAGCUGCUGUGAUCGGUAUUCCGGAUCCCAGAUCCGGAGAGGUACCAAAAGCGUUUGUAACGCUCAAGAAAGAUAGAACUCUGAAAGAAAAAGAGGUCCAAGAAUUUGUUAAGGGAAAAGUAGCGGAGUACAAAGAACUGAGGGGAGGCGUGAGCUUCGUCGAUAGCAUACCAAAGAACGCUUCGGGAAAAAUUCUCCGCAGAGCGCUUAAAAAUCCAGAAAUAUCUAAGUGAAGCCUGCAUACCUACUAUAACCGAGAAUUCGGAAAUCGAUUUCUCGUUGUUUCCAUUUGCCCUGGAAUUGAACUACGUAAAAAUUGAGAAUUUAUUCCAUCGGCUCUCCCCAGAGAUUUCAGUAUCGUACGAGAAAAAAAAAAAAAGGAUAAUAUUAAUAUAUUAUAAAAGAAUAAAUAUAUACUUGCAUCAUGAUCGACAA